UCGAGACGUGAGUGUGUGAGGUGGCGACCGUGUGUGCUGCCAAAUAGAUUGGACAUGUUGUCUGCUAUUCGCUCGACUUUACAGGUGACUGCUCCAAGAUGCGCUCGCGCGGCGUCUGCGGUGGUUAUCGAGCCCAAGACCAACGACUUCCGUGUUGAAAAUGAGCCCGUAUAUGAGUACCUGGAGAGCAGCCAGGAGCGCAAGGACCUGGAGGCGGCGCUGACGCGACUGUCGUCCACUACACUCGAGGUUCCUAUCAUGAUAGGCGACCAGGCCUACACCACGGACCGCGUCCAGCACCAGCCCAUGCCCCACGACCACGCUAAAAAAGUGGCCAAGUUCUACCACGCGACGCCGGAGCUGGUGCAGAAAGCUAUCGACGUUGCGCUGACAGCGAGAGCAGACUGGGAGCGCGUGCCGCUCGCUGAUAAAUUCAACAUGUGGCUCAAGGCAGCUGACCUGAUGGCAGGCAAGUACAGACAGGAGCUGAAUGCAGCCACGAUGCUGGGCCAGAGCAAGACCGUCAUACAGGCUGAGAUAGACGCCGCCGCAGAGCUCAUCGAUUUCCUCAGGUUCAAUGCAUACUACGCACAACAAGCCAUCAAGUGGCAGCCUGUAAGCCCGGACAAGUCGUCGACGCUGAACAGCAUCCGGUGGCGCGGACUGGAGGGCUUCGUGGCUGCCGUGUCGCCCUUCAACUUCACGGCCAUUGGCGGCAACCUGGCCUACACGCCUGCCAUGAUGGGUAACUGCGUGCUGUGGAAGCCUUCGGACACCGCGGUGCUAAGUAACUACAUCAUUUACAAGAUAAUGCGCGAGGCCGGCGUGCCGGCAGGCGUUGUCAACUUCGUGCCCGCCGACGGGCCGGACUUCGGCGACACGAUCACGCAGUCGCCGCACUUCGCGGCGCUAAACUUCACGGGAUCUGUGCCGACUUUCAACCGGCUGUGGACGCAGGUGGGCAACAACUUGAGCAAGUACAGGAACUUCCCGCGUCUGGUAGGCGAGUGCGGUGGCAAAAACUACCAUCUGGUACACUCGUCCGCGGAUGUCACCUCUGUUGUGAACGGCACCAUCCGCUCCGCCUUCGAGUACUGCGGACAGAAAUGUUCCGCGUGUUCCAGGCUCUAUGUGCCCAAAUCUUUGUGGCCUCAGGUGAAGGAGGGCUUAGUAGCGCGACAGCAGGAGCUCAAGGUGGGGGAUGUACGGGAGUUCGACACGUUCAUGGGCGCCGUGAUCGACGAGACCGCCUUCACUCGCAUCACAGGCUACAUCGAGCGAGCCAAGGCGUCCUCGACACUCUCUAUCAUUGCCGGCGGCAAAUAUGACAAGAGCAAAGGCUUCUUUGUGGAACCUACAAUAGUACAAACAAGCGAUCCAAUGGACCGCAUCAUGAAGGAAGAAAUCUUCGGGCCUGUGCUGGCUGUGUACGUUUAUCCCGACGCUGACAUUGACGCCAUCAUCAAACUGGUGGACGAUACGACGCCCUAUGCGCUCACCGGCGCCAUCUUUGCUCAGGACCAGUCAUGGCUGGAAACCGCGACUGAGAAGCUCAAGAAUUCGGCCGGUAACUUCUACAUCAAUGACAAGUCGACAGGCUCCGUGGUGGCUCAGCAGCCCUUCGGAGGAUCCAGGCUAUCAGGCACAAACGACAAAGCAGGAGGUCCGCAGUAUGCCUUAAAAUGGGCGUCCGCCCAAGCGGUGAAGCAGACUUUCGUGCCGCUCACGGACGUCAAGUAUCGCUACAUGGAUUAAGUUUAACUGUCAAGUUCCCCUACACAGAGUAACUCUUAUUCUCAUGGUAUUCGGCAUGGGGUAAUUCUGAAUGAUCCCUGCAUUAGGGAAACUCAGCUCCGACCCUGCAUGUACUGAACUUCCGAAGAAAAACCACUUGAAGAUCUUCCAUCGAAUUUUAUAUUUUUUCUAAGACUACGCUGAUUUUUAUAAAGUUUCGUACAAAUUUUAACCGUAAAGAGUUAUAUCAACUACAUUAUUCAUAAUGCAUUUUCAACUUUUUUUCUACAGCUCUUUUAUAGGGUGACAUUUUACUCCAGAAGCUUCACCUGAAUUAAAUUCUUUUUCCGAGCAAAGGAUAUCGUAUAAGUUGAAGCAAAGUGUGGGCUAUAACGUCGUAAAUUGAAUUAUUGAACUCCUUCAGCCAUUUAUUGCGUACCUUGCCUCAAUGACAACAAACAAACUUUUAUUGAUAUGAUUGUUUAACUUUUAUUUAUCUAAGUAACAUUGUUUCUGAAAUUGAGGUUACAUAUUUCGAUGAAGUACGAGUCGAUCUAUGUUUUGAUAGAUUUUUUCUUAGAAAAGUAUCGCAUUUGUGAUAGUAGACUAAUGUUGAAAAAAAAAAUAUUCGCUAUUCGUCGUGGCGUUGAUGCUAGAUCACGUUUUUGGCUCGACAAGAGGUAAACUUGGCUUUCGCUGGCGUUUCCUGGCGUCUACAGAGCAAAGCGUUUUUCAAACGGCCUAUGUAAAAUAGAAAGAGACGCAAAUUAUAAAUUUUGUAGUUUCUAAAGUGAAGUAACAAUAAUUUCAUUGAACAUUGCUCCAAACGAAUCUCGACUACUAUCACAUUAGUGACAUUACGUACAAAAUUUUACCAUGCAGCACUUUUACUUAUACCUAAAAUAAAUUAGAGUAUACCAGUUAUGUUCCAUAAAUGUUGGACAGGUUGAAAUUGACUUCAUUAGCGAAUUUUAGCAAAUUCAUAGUUCCCUGACGUCAUGAGAGAUCGCCGAAAGUAAUUACGCCGCGUGUAAAAUAAUCGGUAUUUGCGUUAUGAUCCAGCAUAUUGUUGGGUUAGAACCUCUCCACAGUACUAGCAUCAUUAUCUGAUGAAUGGUGGAGGUAGACAUUGAAAUAUGUAUAUUAGGCGCAUGUUUGACCUUGUUCAGUUUGUUGCCGACAGAGCAAAGACGUUAAUUUUAUUUUAUUUUCAGCCGAGGAUGCAUUUUUCUUUCAAAAACUGGAGAGGAAGGAAUAAAUGAAGCAAUACGUUUCAGACCAAGUGUUGGAGGAAGUUGCAAUUAUCUUCUGUCUUUUCACUAAAUUUGUAAAAGGUU